AUGUCAAUAUAUAAUAUAAAUGGAAAAACGGUUGUAGUUACCGGUGGUGCCGAAGGAUUGGGAUUAUCAAUGAUAGAGAAUUUUUUGAAAGGGGGAGCAAAGUUGGCCAUUAUCUUAGACGUAAAUGAAAAGCUUGGUAUAAAAACCUCAAGCGAAUUGAAAAAAAAGUACGGAGUUGAUCGAGUAUUUUUUUUAAAUUGUGAUGUCACUAAAGAUCUAGACCAAAUUUACGAGGAAAUUACUAAAGUGUGCACUACAGUUGAUGUCUUAAUAAAUAAUGCUGGUGUGUUAGAUGAGAAGAACAUCAGGCGAACAUUGGAAAUAAAUGCAAUCGCUGUUAUGGAAUGGACAAUGAAGUUUUACGAUUUAAUGAGAAAAGAUUUCCAUGGCAAUGGUGGAACAAUAAUAAAUGUAUCGUCUAUUUUCGGAUAUAGAUUAGUUCCGUUCUCAUAUAUUUAUAAUGGAUCUAAGGCUGCCGUGCUUGCAUUUUCAAGGUCACUUGGUCAGAAGUAUAAUUAUGAUAAAACUGGCGUAAGAGUGCUUACUCUGUGUCCUGGAUUGACUCACACAACUCUUUCAAAGAACGGAAAUGUAAGAGAUGACGAUACUUUUGAUGAUUUGGUAAAAUGGGUUAAAGAUUACCAAUGGCAAAAUGUUGAUGAUGUAGGCCAAGCAACCGUCGAUAUUUUUCACAAGGCGGAAAGUGGUACUGCAUGGGUAGCAGAAGGAGGAGACCCAGCAAAAGAGAUAUGA